AGGAUGCGUGCGGGGCGGCGGUGCAGAAUCCGUGUGCGGUGGGCACGUGUGUGAAUGAUGGCAAGGGGUCGUACUCGUGUGUUUGCCCUCCGGGCUUCAGGCAGGGCACCACCGUUGAUGGCACCUUCUCCUGUGCUCCAGAACCCCGUGAGUCCCCUUCCUCCCACGCCCACAUCGCUGCCCAUGGGCUCUCUGGGUGUGGUGGGUGCACUGCACUGCUGCUUGCCCAGUUCCAACACCAGAUCCUAGUGACUCUGACACCCACCCACCCACCCACCCACCCACCUCACCUGCCCUACGCCAUCGCCUCCACUGUCCGAUCCAUCCUCCCCUCACUGAUUCCCUUCCCCUUUCCCCGCCAGGAUCUGAGCUGCAGUGCUCCUCUCGCUGUCGGAACGGUGGUGAACGUGGUCCAGCCAGACGACCUCACGCCCUGCUCCGUCUACUACACCACGUCCCCGAGUGACACAUGCGAGUCGCUAGCCUCCUCCUUCUCUCUCUACUCCGACGACUGCCCAAAUCCCACCGAGCCCUGCGCAGCAGCCUUCCAGGCGCUCAACCCCGGGCUGGACUGCUCCGGCAGCGGGGAGCUGGUGGCCAGCCAGGCGGUGUGUGUGGAGCGGCGGGCGGAGAGUGCAGCGGCGCUGCUCAUCCCGGUGUGCUCGCAGUUCUAUCUGGUGCAGGCCGGGGAGACGUGCGACCAGAUCCGCUCCGUGCCCUCCCCGCCGCUCUCCCCUCUCGAGUUCUUCCGCCUCAACCCCGGCAUCAAGUGCAGCCGCCUCGUGCCCAAGACUGACGUCGGCAGCCUCACAGGCUUUGAGGUCCCCCUCUGCUCUCAACCUCCCACCCUUCUUCCACACCACCCUUUUCCCCUCAUCUCGCUCUCCCUCGCAUCACCCUCUCCUCUCCCUUCCAUUCUCUUCCCGCUUUCGUUGCCCUGUUCCCCCCUUUCACCCUUCCGCCCUUCCUACCAGUUCCUCUCCUUCUGCCUCUCGGUUUCAUCUUCCUAA